AUGACUAUCACAUACAAUACUGCGGCAUCACAAUUCCUAUACGGACGAUCCGUUGUCAAGGCAGCGCUCCAACAUGGAAGGCGCCAAUUCUACAGACUUUACGUCUACGACGGAGAGAACAAUAGAGGUGUUGAGGACAAUGAGGCCACAAUCAAGCUCGCCAAGAUGCGCGGUGUCCCCUUGACUAUAGUGCCCAAACAAGACCAGCGAUUAAUGGACAAGAUGAGCAUGGGCCGUCCACACAACGGACUCGUCUUGGAGACGUCACCUCUGCCGCAGGUACCCGUGAAAUCCUUGGGCAGGUUAGAAGAGACGCCUUCUAAGCUAGGGUUCCACAUUGAGCUCGUGCAUCAGACCAAGGAACAAAAGGCCGUCAAUGGAGAGAAUACAUUUGUUCGCAAGGCAAAUAAUUCUGCGACUAAGCCGUUGGUACUUCUUCUACAUGAAAUCUUGGACCCAGGGAAUCUUGGUGCGUUGCUUCGCACUGCUAGCUACAUGGGCGUAGACGCUGUUGCGAUAACCAGCCGCAACUCAUCUGCCCUGACGCCUGUCGUACUCAAGUCAGCGGCAGGCGCAGCCGAAGAAGUCACCAUAUUCAUAGUCGACUCGCCUAUCGAGUUCCUGGAGGGCUCUAGAGCGGCCGGGUGGAAGAUUUAUGCAGCAGUGGCGCCUCCAGAGUCGAAGCUGCUCAAAAUUCACCGAGACAAGUUUAUAUCGACGCGCCAUGUCGAGCAGACGGGCCCCCUGGACCAACACCCUUGCGUGCUAGUGCUUGGGAAUGAGGGACAUGGUCUGCCAAGACAAGUCAAGGUUGCGGCGGACUUUGAGGUUUCGAUCCCCCGCUUUGUCCAGGAAAGUUCUGUGGAUAGUUUAAACGUUGGUGUUGCUGCUGGAUUGCUCUGCCACUCGUUUGUAAGAGGCUCGGCAAGCAACAAGGAGCGCGUGAACCAAAUCCAAACGGCCCACUCGCCAAAGAGGGAAGCGACAGAAGGGGAAACGAGCGAACGUCUCUUCUGA